AUGUCGCUGUCGCUGCCCAUGUCGCUGUCGCUGCCGGGCGGGCCGGGCCCCGCCGAGGGCGGCGAGGCGCUCGGGCUGAGCCCCCCGGGCCUCCCCGCUUACUACCCGCCCUUCCUGCCGCCCGCGCCCUACUUGGAGGCGCCCGCCGAGCUCCUGCGGCCGCUGGGGCUGGCCGUGCUGCGCGCAGCCUGCGGGGACGUGUCGCAGCUCGGCGUCUUCUGCACGGAGCCCAUCGCCAAGGGCGUGCGCUUCGGGCCCUUCCGCGGCAAGGUGGUCAACACCAGCGAGAUCAAGACGUACGACGACAACUCCCUCAUGUGGGAGAUCUUCGAGUGCGGGCGCCUGAGCCACUUCAUCGACGGCAGGGGGGCCGCGGGCAACUGGAUGUCCCUGGUGAACUGCGCCCGCUUCCCCGAGGAGCAGAACCUGACGGCCCUGCAGUGCCAGGGCCAGAUCUUCUACGAGAGCUGCAAGGAGAUCCUCCCGAGGCAGGAGCUGCUCGUGUGGUACGGGGACUGCUACGUGCAGUUCCUGGGCAUCCCCAUCAGCCUGAAGGGCAUGCCCGACGGGAAGAGAGCCCCGCAGCAACCUGAAGAGGCCGGCGAGAGCUACAAGUGCGAGCGGUGCGGCAAGGUGUUUGCCUACAAGUACUACCGGGACAAGCACCUGAAAUACACGCGCUGCGUGGACCAGGGCGACAGGAAAUUCCCUUGCCACCUCUGCAGCCGCUCCUUCGAGAAGCGGGACAGGCUGAGGAUCCACAUUCUCCACGUCCACGAAAAGCACCGGCCUCACAAGUGCUCAGUGUGUGGGAAGAGCUUCUCUCAGUCGUCCAGUCUGAACAAGCACAUGAGGGUUCACUCCGGGGAGCGCCCCUACAAGUGCGUGUACUGCAACAAGGCGUUCACGGCCUCGAGCAUCCUGCGCACCCACAUCCGGCAGCACUCGGGAGAGAAGCCCUUCAAGUGCAAGCACUGCGGCAAGGCCUUCGCCUCGCACGCCGCCCACGACAGCCACGUGCGGCGCACGCACGGCCGCGACAAGGGCUGCGCCUGCGCCCAGUGCGGGCAGCUCUUCGCGCAGCCCGACGAGCUCCGCUUCCACACGCAGCUCCACGCCGCCCGCUAG